GCUUCUGAAGAAACCUUUUCGAGUUCAGUGUUUUAUUGCCUCAUGUCUUACAAAAGACUGAACGAGACAGUCCCGCUGGCUAUCCCUUCAAGACCAGCGCCCUACCUUCCUGUUUUUGAGCUUCAGUUGGAGACGUCACAUCCCACCAUUCGUUUGCACCCAAUUUGCCUUUUAAAAGCCUUAAGGCGGAUAAAAGGGGCGGGGCGAAAUAAGAAGAAGGAAGAGCCAAUAACGGAAAGCCCCACACCAACAGAGUAACGCCUCGAGAGAAGAACAUCGGCGUCUUGUCUCAAGUAUCACACUCGGAGUCAGAUGUACAGAUUAUGUGAAAAGUCAUUGAAAAGAAAAGAGUCGAAGUACUGCGCGGAUUAAAAGAGCUCAGACGUCUGCCAGAGCAGGUUUAUCAACAUCUGAAUAAACAAGUUUGAGGAACAUCCCAGCAUGGACUCCAUGGACAACAACGCGACUGCCCUCGAGCUAUUCGUGAAGUAUGAAAAUGAUUCUUGCCAUGUGGACUCUUCAUUCCGAUACAUCACCUUCACUGUUUUUUACAGCCUCAUUUUUAUUGUUGGGGGAAUUUCAAAUUGUUAUGUCCUCUGGGUUUUCACUGACAUGUACCCUCUAAAGGGCAUGAAUGACAUUAAGAUCUACAUGAUCAAUCUCACUGUUGCUGACUUACUGUUCCUAAUAACUCUACCUUUAUGGAUUUAUUAUUACCAUAACCUGGGAAACUGGACUCUUCCUUCUUUUCUCUGCAAUUUAGCAGGCUUCUUGUUCUUUGUUAACACCUACUGCUCAGUAGCUUUCCUCACAGUGAUAAGUUACAAUCGCUACCAUGCAGUCACCAAACCCUUAGAAGCUGCACAGUCCAGCCCGAGGUUUCGCGGACUGAUCAUUUCUUUGAUUAUCUGGCUUGUCAUAGCAGCCAGUGCGUCCCCUUACCUCUUUAUGGAGAGCCUGAAUAAGGAUGGCUCUAUGAUGCGGUGCUUUGAGGGCUACACCUCCAAUGAGAUAUCUGUAGCGAUCACUCACUUGAUCAUCAUCGCCUUGUUUUUCAUUGUGUUCAUCCUCAUCAUUUUCUGCAACUUGCUGAUCAUAAGGACUCUUCUGUCCCAGUCGGUGCAGACUCAAGUGGGGAACAGAGGGGCGGUAAAGCAGAGGGCAUUGUGGAUGGUGUGCGCUGUCUUGCUCGUCUUCAUUAUUUGUUUCGUUCCCCAUCACCUUAUUGACGGUCCUUGGACGAUGGCUGUCUUGGGCCUCUGGAAGAAAGGGAACUGCGAUCUUCUUCAGUCACUCAAUGAUCUUCAUCAGGUCACUCUCCUGCUCAUGGGUCUGAACUGCACCCUGGAUCCCAUCCUCUACUGUUUUGCCACCAAGAAGUUUCGGCGGCACCUCACAGAACGAAUUCGCAACAUGGGAAGCCGAAAAUGCUCCAAAAGCACCACUGUUUCUGGCAUCUCGUUUGAAAAUCACACCAAUGGACAUCCAUUAUUCAUGGAGAAUCUGGCAAAAGAAUAACAGAGCAGUGAGCAUGCUUAAUUUUAAAGAGUCUCUGAACGAAAAUUUACUCAGAUUCAUAAUUUUAACAGUUUAAGCGAUGAUGGAACACUUGUUCCAAGAACUUAGGGAAGGUUAAAAAUCUCUCUUUUACAUAAUUGGGAACUACUUUUCCUUUUAGUUUGUUUUCUUUUGUGUUACCAACAAAGGUGAAGACUUGACUGCUGAGAUGAAAAAGUGAACAACAGAUAGCAUUCUUCACACGUUGUUGGAUUAUUAAAAAAGGAAAGUGAAUCGCAAAACUGAAAAUCCAGAUGAUGAAGAGGCUUGGCUGAAUUGUCAUUACUCCCCCAUCCAUUCUCUGGGACAUUUGUCCAUAUCCCAGCUCUGGAGGUCCAGUAGCCAUGUCAGAAGAAUGGCAAGGGUAUCUCAAAUGCAGUGGCACACGCUCUCUGGCCAUGGAGAACCACCAGUCAUUUUAACAGGGUGACUUUGAAUGGCGGGAGAAAAACCCAUAAACAUAAUCGGAGAACAUGCAAACUAAACGUAGGGUCUGCCGGCCCAUUAAAGUGGUACUGCAUGUAUUGCACUGUUGUGCCUCUUCAUUUUCACACUCAUUCCAUCAUUUUCUGAUCUUGUUUUUGUCAAAAAGAAGGUCACGGACAACUGGAGUUGAUCCUGAAGGUAUCAGGCAGGAACGAACGCUGGAGGAGUUGGCAGGCCUUUGUGGUAGGCCCACUCACAAACACAGGGAGACAUUGGAGAAUGGCAAGGGUAUCUCAAAUGCAGUGGCACACGCUCUCUGGCCAUGGAGAACCACCAGUCAUUUUAACAGGGUGACUUUGAAUGGCGGGAGAAAAACCCAUAAACAUAAUCGGAGAACAUGCAAACUAAACGUAGGGUCUGCCGGCCCAUUAAAGUGGUACUGCAUGUAUUGCACUGUUGUGCCUCUUCAUUUUCACACUCAUUCCAUCAUUUUCUGAUCUUGUUUUUGUCAAAAAGAAGGUCACGGACAACUGGAGUUGAUCCUGAAGGUAUCAGGCAGGAACGAACGCUGGAGGAGUUGGCAGGCCUUUGUGGUAAGCCCACUCACAAACACAGGGAGACAUUGGGGUCUUUGAGAUGUUGGAUGAAACCUACAAGAAAUGUGCAAACUCCAUACAGGGAGUGAAUGAGCUGGGGGUCUUUGAGAUGUUGGAUGAAACCUACAAGAAAUGUGCAAACUCCAUACAGGGAGUGAAUGAGCUGAUCUCAAAAAGUAGUGUUGACCAUCUGACACCACCAUUUGUAACCAUGAAAUGUACAUAAAAAAUGUAUAUAAGUGUACUUUUAUAUUUAAAGACUCAUUAAAAAAUGACAUCUGAAAGUGGAAAUAAAAAUGCCAAAGAACUGAGGGGUUUUUCUGAGGGGUACUUUGGCUGUAAAGACUGACAGUGCAAAGCUUCAGUUUUAAUGGCGGCAUUUGUCUAUUCUGAGCUUCAAUUUGAUGAAACUCACAAGAGGGACCAGAAAUUAAACAAAUGAUUACAAUUAAAUGACCAGUUUAUCACAUGCAAGCUUUUCCUUGGUUCUUAAUUUAUUUGUUAAAGCACGUUGUGAUAGCUGUAAGGCGCUAUAUAAAAUAAAAAAUAUUGAAGUACAGAGACAGCUUUUGACAGCUCAUCUUAUCUGAUGAUAACCUUCCAUACUGUGAGUUUUAUAAAGCUUCAAGAAUGGCCAGUGUUGAUUUAUUGUAUUGAUUUUUUUCUGUAAUUCUUUGUUAUUUCCAUGUUGCUAGAAUAAAAGCCUUGUGUUAGUGUUA